AUGACCUCCAACCUCUUCGCCGUGUCCACCCAGGGCAUGCUCAUCGGCUCGCCCACCUUCUGGUCCGCCGCGGUCAUUCUCGUCUCCCUCUUGCUGUGGAACCUCUUUCGUGCGCCUUCCCAGCUCUCUCGCUCCGACGCCGUCCAGUCGUACCGCUCCUCUCUGUUCCCCGGUCUGGGCCCACUCCAAUUCUACUCGCAACGUAACACGUUCCUUCGAAGCAUCUUUGGCGACCCGGAGCACUGGAAGGAAUCGCCUCCCAAGCAGAAUGGGGUCCGCGUCAAUGCGCGCGGUCACGUUGUCACAAUCACCAACAACCCGCCCCAAGAUGGCAAAACGUUCUUCAACGACCGCGGACUGCACUUCAACAAGGGGUACGAGGUCAUGUUCGCUGGCAUCCCCGAGAUGCCCAGUUUCCUCAAGAGCAAGUCUGCCGACGGCGAGGAGAAUCCAGCCGACACCUUCGCGACCAACCUCAGAAGUGCGAUCAGCGCCAAGCGCCUCGAGGGCCAAUUGCCCGCCAUGAUCAAGAUCAUUGUGGACAACUUUGCGCUCUUUCCGGCCAAAAACGGAGAGGUGGAUGUGCACAAGACGAUCUACCCGCUGGUGUUUCAGAUCAGCGUACUGCUGCUCGGGCUGGCGGAACACGCUCGCGACGUCAACGCGGCCAAGGCGCUCGAGGGACCUUUCUGGUCAUUUGCCGACAAUACGGGGUACAUGGCCACCCACUUCCCGCUGCUCCCCUGGCCGAGCACGGUCAAAAAGUGGAUCGGCGCCAUCCGCAUGUCCGCCGAGAUCCGCUCCACCGUCGAGAAACGCAUCAAAGAGGGCCGAAGGGAAAAUGACUUUGUCCAAGAAAUGAUCGACCGCGGCUCGGGCAUCAAGAGCAUCGAGGAUUUCGUCAUGGGCAGUCUCUUUGCGGCCAUCAUCAACUCGACGGGGAUCACGUCGUAUUUCUUGCUCUUCCUAUGCGCCCGUCCUGAGCUGCGCGAUCGCGUCCGCGGCGAGAUGGAGGCCAUGAUCCGCACCCACGUCGAAGAACGGGGCGAGGACUGGAACGCGUUGUCCCUCCAACAGAAGCUCGACUGCGUGCCCCUCACCGCGUGGGAAGCCGACCUGCCCAUCUACACCUCCGUCUUCGACGAGACCAUGCGCAUCCUCAUGAUCUCCAUGCUCUUCCGUCGCAAAGUCACAACCUCAUCCAAAGCGACCCAGACAACAACAUCGAUCGCCUCAUCCAACGUGUUGGAUCGCGAAUUCGUCGGCUUCUGGCUCGCCGCCGCCCACCGCAACAACAACAUCUAUUCGGACCCGACCAAGUUCGACCCGGACCGCUUUUCGCGAGGCGAAGGCAAGGGAGAGGGCGAAUUCGUUCCCUGGGGCAGCGGCAGGCAUAUCUGUCUCGGAAUGCGCUUCGCGAAAUUGGAGAUCCGGGCGGUCCACGCCGCGUUUCUGAUGAACUUCCCCGAUGCAGCGACGACCGAUGGGAACGGCAAGAGGUACGGGCCGGACGAGGUCCCGUUCCCAGACCAGGAGAGCGAGCACAGGAGGUACCCGCAGAAGCCCGUAGGCCUGUCGUACGGCGUUAACCCGCUUAGCAAGUGA